GGCAUCACGAGGUGUCGCUGUUGACCACGUCUGCAUCCGCAGUAUGAGUGUGUGCGCAGGGGAGAGGAGGCUGCGUCUCAAGGCCAUUUUCAAAUCUCAUUGGUGGGCUUGUCAUGUGGUCGGGAGGCAUCCUGACUUACACGGAGAUUGUUUUUCCUAGAUAUGUCAGCUUACAAAGGACAUCUCUCUCCUCCUAAAGAACUUAACCCCCCAAAAUGUCCUUUCCCAGUAGCUCUCCUGCGGCAAACACGUUUCUAGUGGACUCUUUAAUUGGUGCUUGCAGGUCGGACAGCUUUUACUCCAGCAGCAACAUGUACAUGCCGUCUGGCUCAGAAAUGGGAACUUACGGAAUGCAAACCUGUGGACUCCUGCCGUCUUUCGGCAAAAGAGGGGAGGUCAACCACCAAAAUAUGGGCAUGAAUGUCCACUCGUACAUACCUCAAAUAGAUAACUGGACUGAUCCGAAUAGACCCUGCAGAAUAGAGCCGUCCAGUCAGAUGUCAAACUGUACAUUUUCACAGAGCAUAAAGGAAGAGAGUAACUGCUGCAUGUACUCCGAUAAGAGAGUACAAAAAGUCAGCUCGUCAGAGGUCCCCGCAUAUUCUAACGUUAUCCCCGAGUCUUGUCCUGUCGAUGGUCCCGAGAUCCCGGUCCCGGGCUAUUUCAGACUGAGCCAAACUUAUGCGAAUGGGAAACACCAGGAAAACUACUGCCAUGAGCCGCCGAGUCCAAACCCAACACUGAUGCAGCUCAGCCGGGUCACCCCGAAACCACCGCAGUCCGCCACGGCGCCUUCAAAUUUUGAUGUGGAAAAGAAAAGUGAGGACGUCCCGCAGAACCCCGAGACCUCAAGGACACCGGUCCCACGCGUAGAAAGCCCGGACCCCAAGUCCAGCUCCGGGGAGAAAAACUGCUCCAUGGAAGCCUCUGUGUCCAGUCCUGAGCUGCUACAGAAGGAAGGGAAAGACUGCAAAGGCGACACGACGACGAGCAACUGGUUAACUGCAAAAAGUGGGAGAAAGAAAAGAUGUCCCUACACAAAGCACCAGACCUUGGAGUUGGAAAAGGAGUUUCUCUUCAAUAUGUAUCUGACCCGAGAGCGCCGCCUAGAGAUCAGCAGGAGCGUCAACCUGACCGACAGGCAGGUCAAGAUCUGGUUUCAGAACCGCAGGAUGAAACUGAAGAAAAUGAACAGAGAAAACCGCAUCCGUGAACUGACCUCAAAUCUCACCUUUUCGUGAGCGCGCAUGUAUCUGUGGUUAGCUGUCUUUUUUUUCUUUUCCUCUCAUAUUCAGUUUGAUGCUUCAGUGGCAUUGGACGUUUAUCUUCAAUUUCAACGAAACUGUGACUAUAUAUAAGCCAAUUUUAGUACUUUGUGUGGCGUCGUGUAUUUGUUUUUAUUUUAUCACAGGGUAACACUUUUUUGGUCUUAAAUUAUUGGAGAAGUAGAUUUCUUCCCACUAGCCAGUAGACAUGGAUAUUCUAUUGUGUCGCGAUGGCGAGCUGUUUUGGAAAAAAAGAGUUACUCUUUAUUUUUCAGUCAUGAAAGCACAUUUAUUGUCGUGUAGUGCAACAUUUGUUUUACAGUAAGUGCAAGCCAUUUGCUCCACAGUGAAAUGUUUCUAUGGCGGAAAAACAAUGUUAAUCUGUGACUUUAUUGCAUGUUUGUGGCAUGUUAUCUUGCAAUAAAUUGUCAAAUAAUCUCAUUGUGUUUUGUGUUAUCAAAGUGUCUUGUCUACAGUUAUUGGUGGCUGCUGUAUCCCUGUCGAAAUGUGCAGUAUUGUGUUGGAUGACGCGGGCAUUAGCGUGCGUAAAAUGGUGUGGAUGAGGAUUAAAAUAGCAAGAAAAACACAAUCUCUUUUGCACUCCACUGCAAAAAAAAAAUGCUGUUCCAAAAAAUGUUCCUAAUGUGUUUCUAAUUUCACUAAAUUAGAAACAAUUAUACUCCGACUUAAUCCGACGAUGACUCUCCAAGCUUAAAAACAUGAAAAUGUUUAGUUUGUGGGCAACCAGCAGUGUUAACACACGCGGUUUUUAGUUGUUAGACUACAAUACUUAACCUAUUAUUAUACGCUUUAUAAGAUACACCAGCUCUCUGAAGACACACUAAACUACACACAGUGAUAAUGGUGAAAUUACGCACAAGAUCUAAACCAAAAUAGUCUGAAUAAAACAAAAUGUUCCAGGUUUUUCUGUGUCCACGAAGAGCGCAGCAGAGACACGCAAAGAGGCGGAGGCCGCGUAAUCAAAUAAACAUGGUGUUUUUAUUUUCAGGCCUGCUUGUGAAUAAACUAACAGUCUGCACGAAGCAUCAGACGGUGGGAAGUUAUGUUCAAGCACAAAUUCACAGGCAUGGACGCUUCCUUCCGUGUGAGCGACGCAGGGCCUCAGUAGCCACGUUGCAUUGCUUUUAAUUGCCCAGGAUAACUUCUUAUGUUGUGUUUAUGUGCGAUCAAAUGACAUGUAACUGUCAGGCUGAUCCUGUCUGCAGAUUUGACCUCUAACUGGACGAUUUCCCAUUUUAAAAGUGUUGCUUUUUCUAACCUGAAGGUCAUCAAACUGAAAACAAGGAUAAAAGUCUACUUAAAAAAGGCAACAUGUAUAUUAUAUUUAAAUUAGACCCUUCAGACAGCAACACACAGAUGGACUUUGCUUCUCAAUGUCUUUUUUCCUUUUUUUUUAUUGACGGCAUGUAUAAUCACACGCACCUCAUAAAACAUUUAUUGAUACAUAAAGACAUUAUUGCCCUCCUUUGAAUGAAUACAAUAAUUUCACAACUGCCGUUUCCGGCUCAGCUUUUAAAAAUUAAACCAACCCAGAAAAUAUGUUUCCUGGCCGAAUAUUAACAAUGGAUACAGCGCAUUGUGAACGGAAAUGGCGUCUGUUAUUUUACAGCAUGUUAUUACAUCUA